GCGGAGCUGAUAUUCAUUUCUGCUGCUGGUGUCGGGGGCACAGUACGCACACGGCUGUCAAAUGGAUUAGGCAGGAAAACGGACCUCACCACGAGAAUACCGUGAAAGGAGCCGCUCACACCUGCGACGGAACUUUGUGAGAAAGGAGCUUUAAUCUGGCUUUAAUGAAACCUCACUGAUGUCCACUGCUUCAUUCACUGUCAGCGGACAGAGGCUGGAUGUGACAGCGCGGAUGAUGUGAAUAUUUUCGGGGGAACUUUUAGUCGCGGAGCUGCAUCUUUGAAGUGGACCAUUUGUGAUCACCGAUUGCAGAGCAAAAACACACCAAGGGUAAAGGACACGCAUGAGAAAGGCUUACCAUGCACUGAGAACAAGGAAUGGAAAGCAUCAGCGUGGACACAGACUGGGAUGGGUUAGCUUCGUCCUCUCUGGUCACUGCUGGAAGGAAUAACUUCUCCUCCUCAACCUCGUCCUUUUUUGUGUCUGAGCUGAACUCAUACAACACUUCUCACAGUGGGGGAUCCUUCUUCGGAAUCUUCCCCGAGAAUGGUUCCACCACCACACCUCAUACGCUGCCCCAGCCCAGGUCCAGGGACCUGGGCCUGGCAAGGGCAGAGAUCGCCGUGCUCGGGGUGGUGCUGGCGUUUACCACCCUGGGGAACAGCUUUGUCCUGUGGGUGCUGCUGAGGAGGAGGAAGCAAAAUGCACCCAUGCAUGUGUUCAUGGUCAACCUGUGCGUGGCUGACUUAGUGGUGGCCCUCUUUCAGGUUCUACCCCAGCUGAUAUGGGACAUCACGGAGAGGUUUCAGGGACCAGACUUGCUUUGCCGGUCCAUCAAGUACUUGCAGAUUGUAGGCAUGUUUGCUUCCUCUUAUAUGAUAGUUGCCAUGACAGUAGACCGGCACCAUGCCAUCUGCUGUCCCUUGCAGGCCUACCGUGGGGGGGCCAUGUCCCGCUGGAACACCCCUGUCAUCGUUGCUUGGGCUCUGUCACUAAUCCUCAGCAUACCACAGGUGUUUAUCUUCUCUCGCACGGAAGUGGCUCCUGGAGAGUAUGAAUGCUGGGGUCACUUUGCUGAGCUGUGGGGGCUGAAGGCCUACAUCACUUGGAUGACGGUGGCAGUCUUCAUCCUGCCUGCUCUCAUCAUUACCAUCUGUCAGAUAAGAAUCUUCAGAGAGAUUCACAACAAUAUCUACCUGAAGUCAGAGAGGGUGGUGAUGGCAGAGAUGAAAAAGAAUGAAGUCUUUUUCCGCUUCCACGGCUUUAAAAAGGAGGAUGAGAGGAGCAGGGAGAGAGGAAGACGGACAUCCGGAGGUGGGGGCAGGGAUGGGAGAGUAGUUCAGCUGCUAAAGGGUGCGAAUAACAGCCCUCACAGUAACAUACACAACAGCCAAGUGGGUGAGUGUUAUGAAUAUGCACCACCAGCUAUUCAGUAUAACAGCUGCCAUGGUGAACAUGUAACAACAACAACAACAUCGCCAUCGCAGCAGCAAAUGCUGAACAGCAAUGAUUGCCAAGAGUCCUACACAUCUCACGAGCUGGCCUCAGACUCACCCCGCUGCUCCCUUGACUACGCCCCCUCUCCCCCUCCAACCGCGCCACCUCCAAGCAUCACCAAAGCCAUGUCCAAGACAGUGAGGAUGACUCUGGUCAUUGUGCUUGUCUACACGAUCUGCUGGUCACCAUUCUUCAUCGUUCAGUUGUGGGCAGCCUGGGACCCCAACCCUCCAGACCAAGGAGUGGCCUUCACUAUCCUGAUGCUGCUGGCGAGUCUGAACUCGUGCACCAACCCGUGGAUCUACACAGCUUUCUCCAGCAGCGUGUCCAGAGAGCUGCAGAAACUGCUGCACUGUUGGUCACGGCCCGGCCGCCGGGGCUCGCUGCCCGACGACUCCACCACAACACACACUUCCACCACCAAGGACAACCUGUACUGACAGACACUGAUGUAGCAGAAACAUGACAUUUUUCAGAAGACCUGUAUGGGGGCACAUGCUCGGAGCAAGGUCAAGGCCCCCACCACCACUACCACAACCAUCUCUACCAUGGCAGCCCGAGAACAGAAAGCGAUGACCUCCACCAGAUGUUUCCAACAACAAAGGAGCUGUACCGUCAACAUGACGUCUGUGUGUUAUCGCCUGCCUUCUGCACCUCAGCAGUAAAGAAGGGUGUCAUUGAAGAUGUCAACACCACUUUACGAGCACACCGUGGAAUAUAGAGUGGGAGCAUCUGCAAUAUAAAAUGUCCUUGAGAGUAAAGACAUUUUCACCCCUGUUGUAUAAGCCUGCUGCAUUGAUCUGUAUGAGAAACUUGGCCCUGCGCAGACAGAGCAGAGCAGCAGGAAUGCAAAGGGUGGAUCACCACAUUAAUAAUUUUACGGCACGCCUAAUGUACAAGGCAGAAGACAAAGCCGUGGGAGCAGUGAAAACAAACCAGAAGGCGACAGGAGAGAGCGAGAGAGAAAGACAGGGAGAACGAGACUGCUGUUGGACAGAGAACAGACGGGGGAUGACAUGGAUGUUCCAGCUGCAGGAGUCGUCCUAAGGAACAUUGUGGUUGAAAUCUAAUAAUGUGAACAAACUUUGUUAAAUCUAAGAAAGUAGAUUAGGGAUGGUGGAUACUUGAGUCUGAAUUCAUAUUCGCUCAGGAGAAAUCAUGUUCUAAUAAAACAAUAGUGAUUUGUGAGCAGGAUGGUAGGACAUUAUGUGAGGACAGUGCAGUACAGUCAACACACACACAGACACACCGCCCCCUUAUAGUAUCGGAGUAUUGUGGAUGAAUCUGCACACAAAGGAACAGAAGUUGAGGGUCAGGCCCUGGACAAUUCAGGUUUCCACAACUAAUGUGUUUUGUACAAACACGACAUACAAGGUACACAAAAUUGCCUUCCUGUCUUUAUGCCGUGAAAUUAUGAAGCGCGAAGACACAGGAAGGAAAACCAACAGUAAACAUUCAGCAGCAUUCCAUGGACAACGAUGAGCUCUGUAACAUGUAUUUAUUGACAAUGUAAGGCACAUUAUUAUAUUAUGUUACAUUUUAUGUAAGAUAAAUGUUGAAUGUAUAUCACACAAACACAAUGGUCCGAUAUGUGUAAGAGAAACAAGGAGAUGCCAAAGCAAAGUUGUUGUUUUUUUGUUGUUUUUUUUGAAAGCUGCACUGUUCCAGGUCUUAACGGUAGAGCUAUUGCAAAGUGUAUCAAAGCUACAUAGAAACAACUGCAUGUCAGUUUCAGGACAGUGAUAAUACUCCCAGUCAAAGCCAAGUGCCUGUCAUGCCAGUAGACAUUUUUAGAGGGACCUCCCUCACUGGGUUAAUCUUAUUCUUAGACAGAGUUGCCACCAGAGCAGAGAUCACUCACUGUGUCAUAUCACAUCAUGAGCCAUGUGUUGUUUUAUCUCUUUAUUUAUUGUUGCAUAAAUGCAAAAUAUACAUGUGUUUCAGUUUCUGUUACUGCCUUUUGCUCAUGUUUAUUUUAUUUUAUAUGACUGGUUGAUUGCAUAACGCUCAACUGGCAGAUAGAAAAAAUAAUAUUAUCACAUUUGUGUUAUAAAAUGACGGCAAAUAUAAACCACUGAAAACACAAUAGGUAACGUAAUAACUUUCCGUUCAUAAAAUUAGAUUAGAAUUUAUUGUACUAGAUGUUUCUGACAUAAAUGGUGUUGUUUUUUUCUUCAGGGCUCAGUUGGAGCCAGUGCAGCACUUUUCUUUCAUCAGAGAGCACUGUUCCGUGAGUCUGCAGGACAAUACUGCGAUGCUUUCAAAGUGUCUCAGGAGUACUUGUCUGGGUCGAAAGGAGAAGCCUCACCUUUUCCUCUCUGCAGUCGUGGUGUUUUGGUUUUCAGCACGCUUCUGUUGUGCAUUUGUUCCCCAGGCACAAGCCUCCACUUUGAUUCUCCGCCAAAUGGAAGGCUACAGCAACAACGUUCCUUUUCUCACUUUGUUAUAUCAGGAAAAAGAUGAACUUCUCCUAAGCCCGGUGGGUGUCCUUUUCAUCUUCCUGUCAGGAAGUUUAGCGGUCAGGAGGAGGAUUCUUCUCUGCUGAUGGGACCGGAC